CGCCUCCCUUCCCGGGAUCUCCACACCUCAGCCAUGGGAAGCAGCUCCUCCAGCCAACACCACUUCGCUUUUCAGAAUGCUGAGAAAGCCUUCAAGGCAUCGGUCCUGAUCCAGAGAUGGUACCGGCGCUACAUGGCCCGCCUGGAGAUGAGGCGGCGAUGUACCUGGAACAUCUUCCAGUCUAUAGAGUAUGCUGGGCAGCAAGACCAGGUCAAGCUCCAUGAUUUCUUUAGCUAUCUUGUGGAUCACUUCACCCCUAGCAGCCACCACGAGAGGGAGUUCCUGAACCGCAUGUUCACUGAGGAGAGAUUUGCCCAGGAUGUGGAGACAGAGAAGGGCGCUGACUACGAAUCCAUAGAGGUGCCCGACAGCUACACAGGGCCACAUCUCUCCUUCCCGCUUCUUCCUGACCAUGCCACCGCCCUAGUGGAAGCGUUCAGGCUGAGACAACAGCUCCAUGCUCGAUAUGUCUUGAGUCUUUUGUAUGAGACAAGGAAACACUUGGCCCAGCUGCCCAACAUCAACCGGGUCUCAACCUGUUACAGUGAGGAGAUCACAGUGUGCGGAGAUUUACAUGGCCAACUGGAUGACUUAAUAUUUAUAUUUUACAAGAAUGGUCUACCAUCACCAGAGAGGGCGUACGUGUUCAAUGGUGACUUCGUGGAUCGAGGCAAGGACUCAGUAGAAGUUCUGAUGGUCCUAUUUGCCUUCAUGUUGGUUUAUCCCAAAGAGUUCCACCUCAACAGAGGGAACCAUGAGGAUCACCUGGUGAACUUACGAUACGGCUUCACCAAGGAAGUGAUGCAUAAAUACAAGAUACAUGGGAAGAAAAUCCUAAGGACACUUCAAGAUGUCUUCUGCUGGCUUCCGCUGGCCACACUGGUGGAUGAGAAAGUCCUCGUUCUUCAUGGUGGGGUCUCAGACAGGACUGACUUGGAACUUCUGGCUAAACUAGACAGGCACAAGAUUGUUUCUACCCUGAGGUGCAAAAUAAGAAAGGAGAGUGAGAAUCGGGAGGAGCAGAAGAGGAAAGUCAAUCAGACAAGCUCUGGACAGAGACCUACUCCAUGGUUUCUUCCCCAAAGCCAAUCUCUCCCCUCUUCGCCUUGUCACCUGGGCUCUGGCUUUAAGGCCUACAAAGCCUGCCGGUCCUGCAGCAUUCCCUGCAGCUCCGGCUCCGUUGACCACAAGGAGCAGUCCCGCAGGCAGGUGCGGCGCUCUGUGGACCUGGAGCUGGAGCGGUGCCGGCAGCAAGCAGGCUUCCCAGGGAUCAAAGAGAAGCGGGAGCCCUUGCCCUGGGCGCCUGACGAUGCUGACUGUGAUGCUGAUGCAGGAGAGGUGCUGGAGCCCACUCCAGAGGAGUGGAAGCAGGUUGUAGAUAUUCUAUGGAGUGAUCCCAUGGCUCAGGAGGGCUGCAAGGCCAAUACUAUCCGAGGAGGAGGCUGUUACUUUGGGCCUGAUGUGACAGAAAAGUUGCUGGAGAAAUAUAAGCUGCAAUUCCUGAUUCGUUCACACGAAUGCAAACCUGAAGGCUAUGAGUUCUGCCACAACCGCAAG